AUGGAGACCAAGGUGGAAUCGGUCACCCUUCAGUCCACAGCCAUCAGCCUCCCUCACCUGCCCAUGGGAGUCAUGGCACCAGAAAAGUCAACAAUAGAAGGGACAGCAGCUACAGAAAUGGCGUUACUCUCUCCAUCCCCAUCCGAGGCUGGGAUCAAGCCCCAUUCUGGGACUUCAGAGGGGACUAGCAAAUCACUGGGCCCCGUGUCCUCUGUCUCCCUAGAGUCAACUCUUAAAGGUACCACAGGGAUUGGUCAACAAAGCAGCCCUGCUCUUAUUACAGAGACAACUGGAAUGAAUUCCUCCGCUGGCUCUACUGGAGGGACCACAGUGGAAACACAUGUCUCUCUGAGCACAUCUUCCACUUACCCUGAAGAUGCUAUGGCCAUCUCAGGCUCUCUGGCAACCCAGAAGGGAACCACAAGCUCAGUGGCAGAUAAAUCUGAAUUUAUAACCAAGACAUGGGUCAGCACCACAGUCAUUCCUUCCACUGCCCUGAGUAAAAAGACAGUGACAGCUGAACAAGCAAGUCUGUCUGUGGGUGAGUCUUAUUCAUCUGCAAACCUAUUGUCAGAGCAGAUAGCUGGGAGAGACCUGACACUUAGAGCGUCCCCUGAGGGCACAGACACAUUGAAUAUAACAUCCAUAGGACAAACUACAUUAGGAUCUCUGAUCCCUGAAAGCCAAGCCACUACCAGCCUCACCAAUGCCUCAGGAGAAAAAACGAGCUCUUCACCAUCUGUCGCAUUCCCUUCAGUGGAGACUGAAAGUCUGGUGGCCAUCACAGGUGUAGUUGCCUCUGCUCCUGAGCGACUGUCACAGACCUCACCUCCUGCAGGAGUAAGCAUCAUGGAUGUUACCACAGCCCUCACUUCAGGUGUCACCACAACCAUGACCACCAUGGGAACCAACUCAUUCCUGACUGCCAUGCGUGACCCAGAGGGGAGUGUGAGCGGCAUGGAAAGCGCCCGGGCCACAGAGACCAGCACAUCUGCCCUACAGGACACUCCCACCUGGUCAUCCACAACUGCAUCUGCCCCAACAGCAGGCCCUUGGACUAUCACGGACAUGGCUUCCAUCUUAGAAGUCACAGGUUCUCCUGACACAACUUUUGCGAUGGGUACCACUUCAUCCUCAGCAUCAAGCAUGGACUCAGGCUCUGUGUCUUCUCCCCAUGACCUUGUGACAGUCAUUGGAGCCAGCCUAGCUGUUCCUUCUUCCUAUGCUUCAGCUGAAAAGUCAGAGGCCAGCACAAGGAGAACACUGAGUCCAUCAGACACAACUGCAUCCAUAACCAUCUCAACUUCUUCUGCUAUCAAAAGGAUAAGCACCUCAAUUCCUGACAUUUUAAGCACAAGUGGGACUCCCAGUAGAAGAGAAACAGAAAUGCCUGUUUCAAUGGCUUCUACUGACCAUUCAAAUACAAAGACUGACCCAAGUAUCGUCCUACCCACUCCUCUGCCUGAUUCUCUGUCCACUCUUGACUGGGCCACCAGGAGGUCUGUGUCAUCAGCUACAAUCUCUACCUUAGCUCCACAGUGGGGCACAACUCAUCCAGAACUCCCUUUGGAGAAUGUGAUCAGCCCAAUGACCUCACAGCUGCCACUCUCUGUAGGAGACAUUACAAGUGGGUUCAUACCAGCUGCAAUGGUAAGUAGCUCUAGAACAAUUUUAUUAGGGAGGCCAGAUCUUGCCAGCAAAGAAGCAGAGAAGAGCUCUACCCAGCUUCUUGCCACAACUUCUGUAGAUCCAGGAUAUGUGUCCAAACCAAAAGCAACAACUCUGGAUGUGAUUUCCUACACAGUAAGAACUCCAGACCCAACUUCCCAGGGGCAAGGGCUAAAGACUCAUACAACAGAGGCAAGAGCUACAUCUGAUUCCUGGAUGGGGAAAGAGGAUUCAACUUCAAGCACGUAUAUGAAUGCUGAGAUGACAAGUGUCUCUUCUGUCUCAGGAGAGGCCACCAAGGAGGUUAUGGACUCCCCAGGCUUAUUAAGGUCCACAGAUCUAUCGGGCAUAAGCUUGGAAUCUAGGGCAACUUCACUUCCAAAUUGGACAAAGAGCACAUCUGAGAGAAGAGCCACUUCUGAACCCACCACAGACAAAGAGGUAGUUCACCCUUCCACAAACACACCAGUGUGGGUCAUACGUUCUGAAUAUGACCCUCAUCUCACUGUCCCAGUCCACUCAGAGUCAUCCAGGGCCAUACAUCUGAUGGAUACUGCCUCAACCAUGGUGAAAACUAUUGUUUCCACAUCAACAACCACCUGGCUAGAAUCCACAAGGGCUGGAAUGGAGCUUGGUCACUCCCUGACCCCUGAACUGAGGGAUUCCAGUGCUUACGUGGAUACCAGCUCAACCACAGAGACAAACAUUGUCCCUUCCCCAAGUUCUACUGCUGUUACUAAGGAAUCUAAGACAAAAGCCACCAACUCUGACAGAACAUUCAGCCAAGACCUACCUCAGCCCACAAGAUCAUCAGAUAUCACCAGGACUUCUACCCGCUCUGCCAUGACAGAAUCUGAAAGGAACAUCAUCAUGAAAACAGGUCCUUCUGGGACUACAUCACUGGGUACACCUACCUUGACUCCACUAUUUCCACAGUCAGAAAAAACCACUCUCAUGAGCAAACGUCCUGAAGAUGUGCCAUGGGCAAACCCUCCCUCUGUGGAAGAAACCAUUUCUCCCUCUUCCCUGGCACCUUCCUCUGCCACAAACUCACCUUCUCAUGUUUUGUUGACUUCACCAGGGCAUAGUCCCUCAUCUACUCUACCCAUGACCUUUGGCUUGGGGAAGACCACAGACACGUUGAGGACAAGCUUGGAACCUGAUACCAGUUUACCCCCAAAUUGGAGCAGUACCUCAGGUGAGAUACUGGCCACCUACAAAGCUUCCACAGGUCCAGAAGCAGUUCAUCCUUCCACACACACCGCAGUGACAGAUGUAGGUACCACCAGUUCUGGGUAUGAAUUGCAUUCUCCCGUCUCAGCCCACACACAGCCAUCCCAAGCUGUACCUCCAAUGAUUACCUCCUCUACCAAGUGGGCCAUCACUUCUUCCACACUGAGAUCUGGCUCCUCUGAGGCCACAAAGAUUGAGAGAGAGCCAGUGUCCUCUCUGAAUCCUGGGCUUAGGGAGAUGAGCACCUACCAGGAGCCCAGCUCUGCUGCAGAGACAAGCACUGUCAUUUCCAAUGUGUCCACAGGUGAGGCUACCACUGAUGUCACCAGACUACAAGUCACCUCCUCUAGCAGGAAGUCCAGCCCAAGCCCUGCUCACUUCAAAACUUUUCCAGAUAUACUUACAGAAAGCAGCACAAAACCCUCCACCUCCCUAUUCAUGACAGAACCUGCAGAAAUGAUCAUAACCACCCAAGCCAAUCCUCCUGCAGCCACCACACAAAGUGCACUUAUCUUGAGUACAUUAACCAUGGCCUCCUGGGCAGGGACCCCCUCAGCUGUGACUCAGGGAUUUCCACAGUCAGAGAGAAGCAAAGGUCCUGAGGAUGUGUCAUGGACAAACCCUCCCCCUGGGGAAGAAUCCAGCUCUCCAUCUUCCCUAGAACCUACCCUUCCCACAGCCUCAACUUCUCCUGUUGCCUUCGUGUGGCAAGAGCACAGAACCUUCUCUCCUGUUUCUGAGACCUCAGUUCUCACCUCUGGCCUGGUGAAGACCACGGGAACGUUGAGCACAAACUUAGAGUUUGUGACCAGUACACCUGAAAGUGUAAGCAACAUCUCAGAUAAGACACUGGCUACUUCACAAGCCACCACCAAUACAGAAACAAUGCAGUCUUCAACAAGCAUAGCAGUACCCAAAUUGGGGACCACUAGUUCAGAACAUGAAUCACGUUCCACUGUCCCAGCCAACUCAGAGCCAUACAAAGCCACAUCUCCAAUGGUUACCUCUUCCACAAUAAGGGACACCAUUGUUUCCACAUCGAUGCCUGACUCCUCUGAAACCACAAGGAUUAAGACAGAGUCAGUGCCCUCCCUCAUUCCUGAAUUGAGGGAGACCAGCACCUAUCAGGAGAACAGAUCAAGUAUAGAGACAAACACUGUCUUCUCCAGUGUGUCCACAGGUGCUUCUCCUGAGGUUUCAAGGACAGAAGUUCCCUCUUUUGAUGAAACAUUAACGUCAGCCUCUGCGACAUCAACAAGGUCGCCACAUAUUUCUUCAGAAACCAGCAGUGGACUCUCUACCUCUCCUCCAUUGACAAUAUCUAAACAUGUGACCUUCACUACACAAACGAGUCCUUCUGGGGCUAUAUCACUUGAUACACUUAACUUGGACACUUCCAUCAUCACCACCUGGACAGAGACUCCAUCAGCUGUGACUCAGAGUUUUACACACUCAGAAGCAACCACUCUCAUAAAAACUGAUCCCAAGAAUAUGUCAUGGACAAGCCCCCUCUCUGGGGAAGAAACCAGCUCUCCUUCCCUGGCACCUAUUCCUGCUAGGACCUCAACUUCCCUUGUUUCUUCCACAUUACAAAGGCACAGUCCCUCAUCUUCUUUAUCUGUGUCUUCAGUUCCCACCUCUGGACUGGUGAAGACCACAGGCACGUUGGCCACAAGCUUGGAAACUGGUGCCAGUUCACCUCCAAGUUUGAGCAAUGCAAGUUUAGAAGCCAUCACAGAUAAAGAGAAAAUCCAUGAUGCCACAAAAACAGGAGUAUCCAAUGUGGAGACCACCAGUUCUAGACACGAAUCACGUUCCUUUGUCCCAACGGACUCAGAACAAUUCAAAGCCAUAUCUCCAAUAAUUACCACUUCCCUCAUGGGGGAAACCACUGUUUCCACCUCAAUGCCUGGUUUCUUUGAGACAAAGACUGAGAUUGAGACAAGUUCCUCCUCAACCCCUGGAGUGAAGGAGACCAGCCCCUCCAAGGAGACCAGCGCAUAUACAGAGUCAAAUACUGUCCUUCCUGAUGUGAACACUGGUGCUACCGCUGAGGUAUCCGGGACAGAAGUCAUCUCCUCUAGCGGAAUACUCAGUCCAGGUCCUGCCCAUUCCACAGUGUUGCCAGUCAUCUCCACAGAAACCAUCACCAGGCUUCUUACUUCCCCCAUCAUGACAGGAUCAGCAGAAAUGACCAUCGCCAGACAAACAGGUCACCUCGGGGCUACGUUACUGGAUGCUCUUCCCUUGGAUACAUCAACCACACCAUCCUGGUCAUGGACACCCUUAGCUGUGACCCAGGGAUUUCCCCACUCAGAGAUGACCACUUUCAUGAACAGAGGUCCUGAGAAUGUGUCAUGGAUGAGCCCUCCUGUUGUGGAAGAAACCAGCUCCUCAUCUUCCCUGAUGCCUCUACCUGCCAUGACCUCACCUUCUCCUGUUCUCUCCACAUUACUCUCCUCUCCUACUCCUGGGACCUCACUUCACACCCUUAGCUUGGCAAAGACUGCAGACACUUUGGGCACAAGCCCAGAACCUAGAACUCGUUUACCUCCAAAUUUGAGCAACACCUCAGAUGAGAUAUUGGCCAUUUCUAAAGAUACUAAGCCUACAGAGAUAAUUCAUCCUGCCACUCACACAGCAGUGCCUAAUGUGGGGACAACAAGUUCUGGAUAUAAAUAUUCCUCUGUCUUAGAGCUAUCUGAAACCAGAUCUCCAAUGGUCACUGCCUACACCACAGGAGACACAAUUGUAUCCACAUCAAUGUCAGCCUCCUCUGAGAUCACAGAGAUUGAGAGAGAGCCAAUAUCCUCCCUGACCCCUGGAAUGAAGGAGACCAGCACCUCUCAGGAGAACAUGUCAAGUACAGAGACAAGCAUUGUCCUCUCCAGUAUGUCCACAGGUGCUGAUACUCAGGCUUCAAGGACAGAGGUUACCUCCUUUGAUGAAUCAUUCAUGCCAGCCUCUGCUACGUCAACAAGGUCCUCGGACAUUUCCUCAGAAUCCAGGAAUAGACUCUCUACUUCUCCUCUCUUGACAUUAUCUACAAAGGUGCCCUUCAGUACCCAGAUUGAUCCUUCUGGGGCUACAUCACUGGGUGCACUUUCCUUGGCCAAAUCAACCACAGCCUCUUUAGAAGGGACUCCAUUGUCUGUGACUCAGGGUUUAGGACAUGCAAAGAUGACCACUAACAGCAACAGUUCCAAGGAUGUGUCACGGAUGAGUUCUCCUGUGGAAGAAAACAGGUCUCCUUCCAUGGGCCCCAUCUCUGCCACAACCUCACCUUCUCCAAUUUCUCCCACAUUAGCAGGGAGAAGCCCCUCCUCACCUACUCCAGUGACCUCACUUGUCUCCCCUGGCCUGGUGAACACCACAGACAUGUCGGGUAUAAGCUUAAAACCUGUGACAAGUUCAUCUUCAAGUUCGGUCAGUACCACAGUUGAGAUACUGGCUACUUCUGAUGCCUCCACAGAGACAAUUUACAUUUCUAAAAUCACAGCUGUAAACAAUGUGGGGACCACCAAUUCUGGACACGAGUCACAUUCCUCUGUCCCAGCUGACUCAGGGUCAUCCAAAGCCACAUCUCCAAUUGUUACCUCUUCCGCUAUAACGGACACUGCUGCUUCCAUAUCAACCUCUGGCUCUUCUGAAACCACAAGGAUUGACACAGAGUCAGCGUCCUCUCUGAUCCCUGGACUGAGGGCGACCAGCACCUCCCAGCACAUGAGCUUGGCCACAGAGACAAUCACUGUCCUUUCCAAAAUGCCCACUGGUGGUCCUACUGAGGUCUCCAGGGAAGAAGUCAUCUCCUCUAGCAGGACAUCCAUCUCCGGCCCUGCUCAGUCCACAAUGACACCACACAUCCCCACAGGAAUUUUCAGGCUCUCCGCCUCCCCUAUCAUGGCAGAACCUUCAGAAAUGACUAUCACCACCCAAAGAAGUCCCCUUGAGGCUACCUCACAGGGCACACCUCCCUUGGACACAUCAACCACAGCCUCCUUGGCAGAUACCAACUUGGCUGUGAGUCAGGGUUCAGCACACUCAGAGAAGACAGCUCUCAUGAGCAGAGUUCCAGAGGAUGUGUCAGGAACAAGCACGUCCUCUCAGGAGGAAAGCAGCUUGCCAUCUUCCCUGGUAUCUUUACCUGCCAUGAUCCCUUCCCCUGUUUCCUCCAGAUUAUCAGAGAAUAGUUUUAACUCUCUUACGUCGGUGACCUCAUUUCUCACCUCUGGCCUGGGGAAGACCACAGACAUGUCAGGCCUGCUGACGUAA